CUUGAGUUUAUUAAAAGAAAUAUAUAAUACAUCUUAUUACGCUGUAAUUGUAUGUGUGCACUGAGAGUCUGUGUACUAAAUUUUUAGAACUAUUUGCGUAAAUUAUCAAAAAUGAUUUUGAAUAAUCAGCCCCCCCCCCUUCAGUGGUGCCCUAAAUAGCAGCACCCUUUCCGACAAAAAUAAUGUCGACCCUGAGGGAAAAAAAUUCAUAAUAUCUGGAAUAUAUUAUUACUAAUAAAUUUUUUAAUAUUAAUAACAUUAUCAAAACAGCGAUUUUCUUGCAGCUAAAAGAAAAUACUAUUUUUCGGGAAGUUACUGGAUGCAAUCGUAGGCGCAUUAAUACAAGUACCGGAAAGAAGGAAUCAUGGAGAGAUACGUUUCAAGAUGGUAACCCAGAAAAUAUCGGACAGAAUUGUAGGUACAUGCGCAGGUAGCAUAUGAAAAUUUCUGAGAUCUUCGAUAUUUCCGGAAAUAUUCCAGUAAACCUAAAAAUGGGCGAUACGUGAUGGAAAUUUUCAUGUAAUCUUCAAAAUAUUUCGAUGCUCCUUACCGCUUAGAAUUACAUCUGAACCGAUGAGAACCUUCUGAAUUUUGUUCAUACAGUAAAUGAGAUACGUGUCGGUGAUUUGAUACUCUCGACGUGUACCUUGUCCUCUGUGGGGUUUAGUUGUGUCACGUCAGUCACUUGCAACUGUUUGCUAAUGAUUUCGCGUAAAGAUGAAUUGAGACCCAUUUUCUAGUGUAUUAACAGCCAAUAAUAUAAUAAUUGUUGUACAAUUUUGAAUUAUUAAAUGUAAUAAACUUUUUUCAUAAGAAUCACAUGUUUGAACAUUUUUCAAUUAUCAUUUUGUAAAUCAACACUGACAGUAGAAAUUACGUGAUUAAAUAGAACCUAUUGAUUGUGAAGUAAAAUAAAAUUAUGUCUUGGAUAAGAGAAAAUACUUUGAAUUGGAUUCAGUUUUUGGCUGUUAAAAUUAUAAAAAGUGGAGGUGUUCCAAAACAUGUAGCAUUUAUUAUGGAUGGUAAUAGACGUUAUGCAAAUAAGAAACGUGUUGAAAAGGUGGAAGGACACACUAAAGGAUUUGAUAAACUUGCUGAAACACUACAAUGGUGCUUAGAUCUUGGUAUACCUGAAGUAACAGUGUAUGCCUUUAGUAUAGAAAAUUUUAAGAGAAGUAAAAAGGAAGUAGAUGGUCUUAUGGAACUUGCCAGACAAAAAUUUCAAAGAGUUUUAGAUGAGCGGGAGAUGCUGAUGGAACAUGGUGUAUGUAUUCGCGUAAUAGGAAAUUUAUCACUGUUGCCCGAAGAUCUUAUCCAAACUAUUACCAAAGCCAUGUACAUUACUAAGGAUAAUAACAAAGCAUACCUCAAUGUGGCUUUUGCCUAUACCUCUAGAGAUGAAAUAACACACGCAGUUAAAGAUGUCGUUGAAGGUGUUAAAGCUGGAGAUAUUCUUCCAGAAGAUAUUAGUGAAAAGUUAAUGUCAGAAUGUUUGUAUACUAACUGUUCUCCUGAACCUGAUCUAUUGAUUCGCACCUCUGGGGAGGUCCGUUUCAGUGACUUCCUCUUGUGGCAAACAACUUGCAGUUGCAUUUAUUUUGCUGAUGUACUUUGGCCAGAGUUUAGUGUGUGGGAUAUGCUAGCUGCAGUGUUCUACUAUCAAAGGUCUUCCUCUGAUUUGGAGACAACAAAACAAGAACAGAGUAACAAUGUAGUAAAACAUACUAAUAGAGUAGCUACGUAUAUUAAUAAAUUGCAACGGAAAAGGGAAAAUCUAUCUCUAGCAGUGGUACAAUCAUAGCGGAAAUAAUAUUGAUAUAAUUUCAAUAUUUAAAGCGGCAUAUUUUUAUAUCAAUGUAUAAAUAUUAUAUAUCUGAGCAACAAAAGAUUAGUAAAUGGGUAUAAAUGGGUUAUCCUAUAACUGUAUGAUACAAACGAUGCACUUCGUAAUAUUGUAUAUUAGUUAUAUAAUUAUAUGUAUCGUAUGCAAUGUGUAAAACGAUUUGUAAUCGUAUUAUCGUACUAGUAGCGAACCUUAUGAUGCGUCAGGAAAUAAAUGAUUGACACUUACAGUGAUCAUUGAUAA